AUGUCGCAAACCGAUUACAAGUUUGAGGGCUGGAUGGGCCUUGACCCCAAGGCCAGCGAAGGGAAGAUGGUCUGGCAAGAAUUCAAGCCAAAGGCCUGGGAAGAGACCGACGUUGACAUUAAAGUCACUCACUGUGGUAUCUGUGGAUCAGACAUGCACACUCUCCGCAGCGGCUGGGGUCCCACCAAGUACCCUUGCUGCGUCGGCCACGAGAUCGUAGGAAACGUCGUCCGUGUCGGAUCCAAGGUUACCCACCUUUCCAUCGGAGACCGUGUUGGCGUCGGCGCGCAAAGCCAGUCUUGCCAGAACCGCAACGGCGACUGCGAGGAGUGUGCCUCCGGCCUAGAGCAGUACUGCAGCAAAGGCAUCGUCGGAACAUACAACGGCACCUUCAUCAACGGCGACAAGUCAUACGGCGGCUACUCUACCUAUAACCGUGUCCCCGCGCACUUCGCAGUCAAGAUCCCUGACUCGAUUCCCUCGGCUGAGGCCGCGCCCAUGCUGUGCGGUGGUGUGACUUUGUUCAGCCCGCUGAAGCACAACAACUGCGGUCCCGGAAAGAAGGUGGGCAUUAUCGGUCUCGGUGGUCUGGGUCACUUCGGUGUGCUCUUCGCUAAGGCGAUGGGCGCCGACAAGGUCGUCGCUAUCUCACGUAAGAAGAACAAGGCGGACGAUGCGCUGAAGAUGGGCGCUGAUCUCUACAUCGCCACCGACGACGAGCCCGACUGGGCGACCAAGUAUGCUCGCUCUUUGGAUCUGAUUGUUAGCACUGUCUCUUCUAGUAAGAUGCCGAUGGCGGGAUACGUUGGCCUGCUGCGCACUGCUGGUGCCUUCGUCCAGGUUGGUCUCCCUGACGACGGAGUUCUCAAUGCUCCUGUCCAACACCUUAUGCGUCGCUUGAAGAUGCAGAGCUCUCUUGUCGGUAGCCCUGGCGAGAUUCGCGAGAUGUUCGAGCUGGUGGCGGCCAAGGGCGUUAAGCCUUGGAUUCAGGAGCGUCCUAUGAAGGACGCCAACAAGGCCAUCGUGGACAUGGAUCAGGGCAACGCGCGCUAUCGCCUGGUCCUGGUCAACGAGCAGUAA